GGGCGGUGCGUUGGUGGUUUUCCGCCGAAACCUUUUUGUUCCUGGCGGCCCGGGCGGUUCUCUCCCGAGACGGGAUUUUGGUGUGUCAGUGACGAAUAAAACCUCGGACGUGCGUUAUUUAACGACUACUAAGUGAUCCGUCGCCGUGGGACUAUACACGUGCAUUUUAGUACUACCAAACUUACCAAGUCAUCUCGAGUGUCCCACGCACAUUGGCAGCACAUCAUCCAAGGGUACAAAUUUAACCAAAGGAUGUAAACAUUUUUCCAUAAUUCUUGUUACAUAAAAAAAUUCAAAAUGUUAUUUUUGGGCGUCAUCAUUUUGCAAGCUAUUUUAGUAUCAGCUAACUCUGAAUCACGAUCUAUCCAAUCUGUUGCUCCAAAUUCACCGACUAACUAUAUCAUUACAUCUAAACCGUUCACUGUUAAGGAUGAUGCAAAUGCAGGAACGAUUAAAUGGAGACGUGAUACGAUCACUGGUGCAUCAUUAAUUGGUGCAUCCGAUCCAGCAAAGUUGAAAUAUUCAAUUGAGUGUGCUGAUAACAACGAGUGUGCUAAUAUUGAUUUGGGUGGUUCAUCCGAUGCUACUUUUAAACCAUAUACGCAAGAUGAAUUAAACAGAAUACUUAAACGUUAUGGCGAAGCUACUCCAGAAGCUGAAUCUUCUGAUAAAGUUCUAUCUUAUGAUGAUAGUGGAAACCAAGAUAAAUCAAAAGCUACGUGGAAUUUAGCUGACUCACAACAAGGUCAAAAAAAUCCAUAUGAUGAUCGUCAGGGAUGGGUAACAUUAGAGCCUGUUGCUUGGUCUUCAUCACAUAUACAAAAAUGGGAGCCCAAUAACAGACCAACAUGGCCCCCUCCACCACAAGAUAACCAUUCUCCUAGUUAUUCACCAUGGGCCAAUAAUAGACCUAUUAAUAGACCCAGUUCUAGUUACCACCAACAACAAUCACAAUCUGAGUGGACUACUGAACGACCUUGGAUUCGACCAACAUAUAAUUAUGCACCUAGUACUCCCCAUGUAUCUCAAUACCAAAAACCGGUAAGUUCGCAAGGGCCACAAAAUUACUACGGAGGUUGGAAUAACGCAGAACCUGAUAUAAUAACUGAUGGAAAACCCGGACAAUUUCCCGCAGAUGUCCAUAAACCAUGGAAUGGAGAUUAUGGUCAGCAAUCUUAUGGCCCAAGACCUUCAGAGGUAGAAGGAGAUGGACAGUGGGUUCUUUUAUCAAGUACUAAAGGAUAUUCGAUACCACACCGUCCUAAUCGAAGUUUACAGAGUAGAUCAAUGUCCUUUGAUACAGUCAACAAGAUGGGAAAAACAAAUAAUCAAUAUAAUGAAAUAAAAAAUGAAAGAUUGACAGAAAUGAAAAGUCAACCUAUCUCAUCAAAAAGGACUGUACGAUUAAUGGUUCUGCCACCCGACAAGGAUUCUCAUAACACAACUACUUCGCAUAAUGGAAUGAUUGAAGUCGAUAUAUCUAGAAAGUCUGUUGAUCAAGAACAAAAAGAGUUCGCAGCUCGAGCUCUCAAGGAAAGCGAAAAUGAUGUGCAAGUAUUUUCAGAUAGAUCAGUAAAGUCAAAUAAUGAUCACAAGGCUGUACUUGCUGCAGUUGGUGCUGGGAUGUUACCUGCAGCUACUAUGGCUAUGUUUUUACCCAUGAUGGUCAAUAGAAAGCGACGUGAUAUAUCUUCACGGCCACAAAUAAUUUUACAUCAUCAUCAUAUGUUUCCUAGAUAAUUAUAUAUGUUUUAAUCAAUUAUUUAUAUACUGUUUCCUUUAAAAAGCAGAUUAUGUUCAAUAUGAUUUGUAUAUUAUUGUUAACAUCUUGCGUACAUUUUGAGCAUUUUUAUUUAUCUAUAAAGCAUACUUAUGUAAUUUAUUAGUUCAAUUUUGAAAAAUUCAUCUAAACUUAUUUAAUUUAUUUUCCCAUAUUUUGUAAAUAAUUAAUUAAAUAUUAAGAACACUAAAUAUUUAUUAUAAAGAGAAAUAAAGUAAAUAGACAAAGAGAAG